UUUCCACUCUGCCUGACAACCUGCGCCAACCACCAUGGAUUUCAUGCUACCCAUAAGAAGUCGAGACAUGAUGGCUCCCUCCAGCUCUGCUCCUCUUCUGGGCCCUCACAACCGCUGCACCAGGUAUCACUACCAGGGCUUCAAGAGAAAGCUGCGGCCUGGACGGAUUAUGGGCUUCAUCAUCAGCCUGGUGGUGGUCUCCACUGUCUGUUCAUGGAGUGCCUUGUCGCUGGCCACAACGGUGGCCACCGAGCUGGAAUCGGCCGUCGAGGGCUCAGCAGAGGCGGCAGUGCCCCAAAGAACUCUUCUGCAGUACCACAACCUCUCAGCUGCGACAAAGGACACACCGGUGGCCAUGCGAUCAUCUGAUGAAGAGAUGAAUCACGGGGACUACCCAACGGACUACUUCAGUGUGGAGGAGAGACGUCAGGGCUUUGUGGUGUUUCAUAUGUUUGGCAUGUUGUACAUGUUCAUAGCCUUAGCCAUCGUCUGCGAUGAAUUCUUUGUCCCAGCACUCACUGUCAUCACAGAGAAGCUGGAGAUCUCUGAUGAUGUAGCAGGAGCCACCUUCAUGGCAGCAGGUGGCUCAGCCCCUGAGCUCUUCACCUCUGUCAUAGGAGUCUUCGUCUCUCACAGUAAUGUCGGUAUCGGUACCAUCGUAGGCUCAGCAGUAUUCAACAUCCUUUUUGUGAUCGGGAUGUGCGCCCUGUUCUCCAAAGAGGUGUUGAACCUCACCUGGUGGCCUCUGUUCAGAGACGUCUCGUUCUAUAUCAUUGGCUUGCUCAUGCUCAUCUACUUCUUUCUGGAUAAUCAAAUCACAGUGGGGGAAAGUAUCAGCCUGCUGAUGUGCUACACCUGCUAUGUGACAUUCAUGAAGUUCAAUGCCAAAGUAGAACUUCUCAUCAAGAGCACGCUGGGCAGCAACCAGGUGGACGAGCUGGAGACUGCACCAAAGGUAAAUGCUCCAGGAGAUGAUGAGAACAAGCUGAUGGCAAAACCCAGGCUGCAGAGAGAAGGCAGCUGUGCUUCUCUACACAACUCACUCAUGAGAAACAGCAUCUUCCAGCUCAUGAUCCACACACUGGACCCCCUGAGUGAUGAAGGUAUCGGACGUUUCAAAGAGAAGGCGUCAAUCCUUCACAAAAUGGCCAAGCAGAAGUGUAAAGAAGAUGCUGCCAAUGCUGCCAAUGCUUCCAACGGUAUAGCUGAUAAAAACAUCCCCAACAGUACGAAUGUUGCAGUGGAAGUCACGCCACCCAUGAACGGUGUCAUAGGAGGAGACGAGGGUGAUGAAGAGGAGGAUGAAGACCAGCCUCUGAGCUUGGCCUGGCCCGACACCACCAGGAAGAGGCUCACCUACCUCAUCAUCCUGCCCAUAGUCUUUCCACUUUGGCUCACACUACCUGACGUCAGGAGAGAGACCGCAAAAAGGUUCUUCCCCAUCACUUUCAUUGGUGCCAUUUGUUGGAUUGCUUUCUUCUCUUACCUGAUGGUGUGGUGGGCUCACCAGGUUGGAGAAACUUUCUGGAUCACAGAGGAGAUCAUGGGUCUGACCAUAUUAGCAGCUGGCACUUCAAUCCCUGACCUCAUCACCAGUGUGAUUGUAGCACGAAAAGGCCUUGGUGACAUGGCCGUGUCCAGCUCUGUGGGAUCCAACAUCUUUGAUAUCACUGUGGGUCUGCCAUUCCCCUGGCUCCUCUUCAACAUCAUCAAUGACUUCAAGCCGGUCGAGGUGAGCAGCAAUGGCUUGUUCUGCGCCAUCGUCCUCCUCUUCCUCAUGCUCCUCUUCGUCAUCAUCUCCAUUGCGGCUUGCAAGUGGAGAAUGAGCAAGUUCCUGGGCCUUCUCAUGUUCUUGCUCUACUUCGUGUUCCUCAUUGUCAGUGUCAUGCUGGAGGACAAAGUCAUCAGCUGCCCUGUCACCGUCUGA